AUGGGCAGCAAAAGAGUUGCGGUGCGGUGCGGGAACGGUAAGUCGGUCAUCAUCAGCUAUCUGUUUGCAUCGACGCAAAGCUUCGGCCGGGCUCGAGUAUUCAGGAUGCGAAGACCACAUCUUCCACCGCAGGGACGCUCCGACCUGGAUCAUUGCGCCUUCGAGCCCAAGGAGGAUCUGCAGAACGAUCUGCUCUACGACGUUUUGGUACAGAUCAGAUCCGCCGCGUUACAAUGGCCAGAGCAAGGUCUCGAUCACAACAACGAUGAUGAUCGCGAGCUUGCAUUCGCUCUAGUGACUAAUGCGUAUGCAGGAGUAAGUCCCUCCUGUAUUUGCGCUGCAUCCAUGUUUGAAUUGACCUGA